AUGGUGGACAGGGACCCAGGUACACCUACCUGGAAAUUCACGCAAUGUUUUGGCGAUAAAGGCGAUGUGGAAGACAUUACCGAAGCGGAUAUCAUUUCUACAGUCGAGUUUGACCAUACUGGAAACUACCUGGCUACAGGAGAUAAAGGGGGGAGAGUAGUACUAUUUGAGAGAAAUGAGACGAAAAAAACCUGCGAAUACAAAUUCCACACCGAGUUCCAGUCACACGAGCCAGAAUUUGAUUAUCUAAAAUCCCUAGAGAUCGAAGAGAAGAUCAACAAGAUAAAAUGGUGUCGGCGACAAAAUUCGUCACAUUUUCUCCUUUCAACAAACGACAAAACAAUCAAGCUUUGGAAGGUGUUUGACAAAUCUCUCAAAGUCGUUGCAGAGAACAACCUCUCCACGGAGUUAACCCCUGGUGGUGUUGGCGGCGGAGGGGCACCCAGGGCACCCCGUGUAUCUUUCAAAGACCCUUCAGCAUUGAAACUCCCAAGAAUGACACAUCAUGAUACGGUCGUCGCUGCUGUACCUAGACGAACCUACGCCAACGCCCAUGCUUAUCACAUUAAUAGCAUCUCUGUCAACAGUGACGGGGAGACCUUCAUUAGCAGUGAUGAUCUGCGGGUCAACCUGUGGAACUUGAAUAUUCAAGACCAGAGCUUCAACAUUGUUGAUAUCAAACCGGCAAACAUGGAGGAGCUCACAGAAGUAAUUACAGCGGCGGAGUUUCACCCUACAAGCUGCAACUGGUUCAUGUACGCGAGCUCGAAGGGGACCAUCAAACUCGCGGAUAUGCGGCAGCGGGCACUGUGCGAUACGCACCACAAACGUAUGUGUUUCUUUCUUUUUUUUCCCCAUUUCUUUUCCCCAGCCCUUUUCGGAGUCAGAGAACAACUGAUGAACCUUACCUGUGAUGUAGUCUUCGAACAAGAGGAAGAUGCCUCUUCACGUUCCUUCUUCUCCGAAAUCAUCUCCUCGAUAUCCGACGUAAGGUUUUCUCACGAUGGCCGGUACAUUGUGUCACGAGACUACUUGACGGUCAAGAUUUGGGACGUCAACAUGGAACGACAACCAUUGAAGACAAUCCCCAUACACGAACACCUACGACCCCGCUUGUGUGACACGUACGAAAACGAUAGUAUUUUUGACAAGUUUGAGGUAGUUUUCUCUGGAGAUGCCGAGAACGUUAUGACCGGAAGCUACAACAACAACUUCAUGAUUUACCCUACCGAUCCGGCCAAGGAGACCGAGAUCGUGCUGCAGGCCGACAAGUCUGCCUUCAAGGCAAAGAAGGUUGGCGUACCAACGCCGAUGAACAAGGGUGCUAACGGGAAGAAGAGUAACUCCCGAACAAGCAGUCCUGCUGGUCCUGGCAGCCGCAUGAAGAAGGAAACCGACGCAGACCAAAUCGAUUUCAAUAAGAAGAUUCUACAUAUGAGCUGGCAUCCGUUCGAGGACAGCAUCGCCAUUGCCGCCACAAACAACUUGUUCGUCUUCUCUGCGCUAUAA